AUGCAUCCGAAGCUUCUUAGUCAUUGGAUUCUGCCAGUGCUGACUGGUCUGGUAAUCUCAGUGGCUGCUCAAGGCGACGGAGACGAUCAGACAGGUAGCAUCGACAUACCUUCUCUCUACGAAUCGCCCAGGUUCCGAUGGUGGUGGCCUGGGGGUUGGAUCGAUGCUGAUGAAGUCGCGGAUGAGAUUACUGCCAUUGUCAAUGCUGGGUUUGGAGGUGGCGAAAUCGCCGAUGUCCAAGACAGCGUCAAGGUAGACCUAGACCCGGCAGUCUAUGGAUGGGGCCAAGAACGGUGGAACGCAGCAGUUUUGAAAGCCUACGAGAAGGGCAAUGAACUGGGUGGCCACGUCGAUUUGACUUUGGGUCCUCACUGGCCCACUGGUGUCCCUGGAUAUACGCCAGACUCUCCCGAGACAUCGAAAGAACUUGUCCAUGGACAGCUCUUCCUUUCGGCCGGACAAUCAUAUUCCGGAUCACUCCCUCUCCCAGUCUUGGCACCAUCCGGAAACCAAAGCAGCAAUAUUGUCACGGCCACUCCAGUGUUGGAAGCUGUGCUGGUUGCCAAGGUCCUAAGUAACUCAACCUCGGGAACUGUAGUCGUGGAUUCAAGCACCAUCCAGGUUUUAGAUACUGGGGCCGACAAUACAACUGUCGCAUACGAUGCUCCCGAUGAUGGAGAAUACGUUCUUGUUGCUGCGUACGGGCGCGGCACCGGACAAGUUCAGAAUUUGUAUGAUGUGACCGACCCGUUCCCCGCCUAUAUUGUUGAUCAUCUCAGCAAGGCUGGCGUGCAAGCAUCCGUUGACUACUGGGAGCAAAACUUGCUUACACCGGAGCUGAAAGCACAAUUGAACGAAAGUCAGGGUUCCAUGUUCGAAGAUUCCCUCGAGCUCAAGUUAAAACAAUAUUGGACACUAGACUUUUUGGCCGAGUUUCAAACCAGACGCGGUUAUGACCUGAGACCAUUCCUGUUAUACGUGCUCAAGGACAACAACACAUUUGAAGGCGACGCUUCGGUAUCUGCGCAGAUUACAAACGAUUUUUACCAAACUGUGACUGAUCUGUACACCGAGUACCGUAUUGGCGGCAUCACCGAGUGGGUUAAUAGUCUAGGCCUCAAGUUUCGCGCUCAGCCAUAUACCGCAUCCUUUGACAGCAGCUACGCCGCCAGCGUGCUAGAUAUACCCGAAGGCGAGUCGCUGGGAUUCGAUGGAGACGACGAUGCCUUUAGAGUCCUGGCUACUGGUCGCGACAUUGGCGGAAGAACGACCAUUCUGUCCGAUGAGCUCGGAGCCUACAUGGGCAAAGCCUACGGCGUCACUUGGAAAUUCAUCCUCGGCACUGCCAAUCACGACAUGUCGCUUGGUGUCAGUCAGGUUGUGAUUCACGGAUUCCCCUACAAGGACAGUCCCUCUAGCGUCUGGCCCGGCUUUGCUCCCUUUACGCCCCUCGGGACCAGCUCGAAUGGAUUCGCAGACGCUUGGGGCCCGCGCCAGCCCCAGUGGAUGUUUGCCAAUUCUUCCAGCGCCUACUUGGCGAGGGCACAGAUGCUACUACAGCGAAGCGGCCCUUCAAUUGAUGUUGCAAUCUUGAAUCAGGACGCCGGGGUCACCGCAUCCUGGGAUGACACCAGCCUCAAUGAUGCAGGAUACUCAUAUCAGUUCCCCACUGCGUACCUCUUGAAGCAGCACAAUGUGGAAGUCUCCAAUCAGCGGCUGGCUUCAGACGGCCCUGCCUACAAAGCUUUGAUCGUCAACAAUGCGACAACCAUGGACGUUAGCACGGCAGAGUUGAUACUCUCCUACGGACAAAGUGGUCUUCCAUUGGUCAUUGUCGAAUCAGACCCGUCUUCUAGCUUCUCCUAUACAAACGCGAGCGGCGAGGAGAUUGCAUCACAGCUUGGAACCAUUUUUGACAGCAUCCGGGAAUUCUCAAACACGGAAAGCGUCAACAGUACAUCAGAUGUGCCAGGAGCAUUGGUUGAUCUCUCUGUGGCGCCCAGUGUUCAAUAUUCGUCUACACAGAACGCGUCUCUGAUUACUUAUCGAAAAACACAAGAUGAUGGAUAUUUGUACUGGGUAUACAAUGAUGGAGACGAUGCGACAUCUGCGGCUCUGUCCUUGGAGGGAAGUGGUGCCCCCUAUGUCAUAGACUUGUGGUCGGGAUCUGUAUCACCAAUUCCUGCGUAUUCUUCCACGGACAAUCGAGUGACGGUCAAUGUUACCGUUGCAGCGACGUCGGCUGUGGUCAUAUACGUUGGAGAGGAUAGUGUAUUCAACUCUCGAGCCCUCAGUGAACACCUCAUAGCGAGUAGCUGUGGGAGUCAUGUGUCGAGCGCAGGUCAGCUCGUGGUGACUACCAACGCUACUUGCACUGCCACCACGUCCUCGAAUGGCACAGUCACCCUGGAGGCUGAAGAUCUACCAACAACUGUGGUGCCCUCAAGCUGGUCUCUAACGGUCCAAGAUUGGUCACCACAGUACCCCAACACCACUGGUGUCAACAGCUCAGCUACAAUCAAGGAACGGCUGCCCACAGUAAGCCUGACUGAACUCAUUCCCUGGCCCAACAUCACAUCGUUGGAGUAUGCUAGUGGUGUCGGUGUGUACAAUACCACUAUUGAUUUGACUCGACCCGACAAUUCAACUCUCGUUUUCCUUUCAGUCGGGGAAGUCGAGGGCACAUUUGGUGUUUCUUUCAAUGGCGAAGAGAUUGCCAGCAUCGACCAGUUCGGAAACAAGGAUAUCGAUAUUACCAGUCUAGUUCUCGCUGGUACCAACAGUCUCGAAAUCACUGUCGCAACUACCCUUUGGAAUAAGCUACGCCAGACCUGGCCAGAAAUCUAUGGCAGCUUGGAUGCUCAGUUGAUCGGACUACUAGGGCCAGUCAGGAUUUAUUAUCUGCAAGCCCUAGUGGUUUAA